AUGAAUCCAAAACUUGCUAAAUUACUUUCAAAAUCCGAUUUUGAGAAUUAUAUUAAGUCUCUUUUAGGAUUGAGUAUCACAAGGAAUGCCAUCUUACCAGUUGUUUUUGAUAGAAUAAAGGAAUUCCAAGAGAAAUGUUUGGCAGCUAUUUGUGAGAAAAACAAUUUACCUCCGGGUACCAUAUGUACAAAAUGUCCUACGAAAAAAAUUAUUGCCAGUUCUCUUUCAGACAAUAGUGAUAAUGAGAGUGGCUGCCAAUAUAAAAUUUGUAAUCUCUUCAAAAAUGAAAUUGAAGAAAACCAUCGCUAUGAUAAACCUUCAUACUUAAAUAGUGACGCAAAAUUGUGGUGCAGCAAUCCGUGGGAACUUGCUAAGUGUUUUAUGCCACGAGAUGGAUAUAGACAUAUCACAUGCAAAGAGGAAACUGACUUCAAUGGAGUAAUAAAUGUUGUCAUCAACCAUAAAAUGUUUCCGAAUGAUGAAAUCUUUCAACAGGUCAGAGAAAUUUCAAGAAAAAUUCGGCAUAAUCCUAACUUACAAAUAAGUAAUGAGGAUUUUCAAAAGAACCUUGAAAUUCUUAACAAUAUACUGGCUCACAGAGAAUUCUUUGAUAGAGCCAAAGAUGGAAGAGAGGACCUAGAACAGCUCAGAGUGAUAAGUCUGAUACAAUGUGAAGAAAAGUAUACUGACAUAGACCCAGCAGAUAAACUAAAAACCGAGCUAAACAGCCAUUUUAGGCCUGAAGAUGUAACUAUGGUGUUACAGAUUCUCAAAGAAGUGCUACAAAAAAUGCAAGAAGAAGAAAAUGAGGAAAAACAUGAAAUGCCAAAUCUUUGUUCAUCCAAUGGCAAACUUAUAAAGCUGAAUGAUUGUCAACUGAAAGGGAUUCUACAAAACUGUGAAAAGUCACCUGUAGUAGGUGGGUUUGGAAAAGUUCACAUAUCAAAGACAAAAGUACCCGGUUUAGAUAUUCGUGUCAUUGUGAAGGAGAUAAUAUGUGAAGACACUGAAUUAACCAAGAUUUCUACGACAUUCAACGAGAAGAUAUCAAGACGGGUUAUGCAUUUUGCUAUUGUUCCAUUGAUUGGGUUUAUAAAUCAAGAAGUUGUAAAAAAAAACAAUAUUCAAAGGAUCACCAAAAGAUACUAUUUCCUGUCACCAUAUCUUGAAAACGGAAGUUUGCGCUUAUGUUUAGAGAGAGAUGCCAGCGAAGAAGAUAUUAAAAUGAAACAUAGGCGUCGUAUUGAAAUACUUUUUCAAGUUGCGUCGGCUAUUCAUUAUCUACAUUCACCUGUUAAAGGAUACAGGGGCAUUGUCCUGCAUAUGGAUAUCACGUCCUCAAAUAUUGUGUUAGAUGAACACUUCAAUGCAAGAUUGAUCGACUUUGGUCUUGCACGUGAAAUGAACGAAUACCAGACAAAGGUGACACUUACUCAGAGUAAACCACAUGGAACUCCAGGUUAUACCCGAUCAAAAACAUCCACAUCAAAGAAAUAUCUUACAGUUUAUGAUGAUUACUACAAUUUUGGUGUAG